AAAAAUUACGUCAUUCGAAGAAGGGGAUUUGGAAAUUGGUUGCAAUUAUCAAAUAGUAUUUUUUUCCUUUUUUCUCAUUCGUACAGAUCAACUACCAAAUUUACCGAGCGACAUCACCUUCGAGAUCUGCACCUCCUCGUCGUCCUCCUCGUCACCACCGCCAGUUGCACCAGCCCCAAUGACGACUACCACGACGACGAUGACGAUGACGACGACGAGGUCAGAAGAUGAAAAUGUUUCCGAGUCGACGAAGGGUGCAUACAUCAAGGCUGAAAGAGUGGUCAGUGGGGUUCAUUUUCUCGACGAUCGCGAAGAAGAAAGAGGGGAAUUGCUAUUACCGAAAUCAGAGUCGGUAGACAGCGAACCGGAAGUUAGAAAGCAGCUGCUGGAAUACCUCAUUCAAAACGACGGUUCCGUAGUCUGCAAGUGGUGCGGCGAGGUGCUACCGUCUCGAACCCGUUGGUACAGGCAUAAGUACAAGCUACACGUCUCCACCCAGGUCACUCAGCCAGCACCGCUGUUUAAGUGCCACAGCUGUAAUGCCUACUUCAAAUCGCGGAAGGGUUACAUUGGUCAUCUGAGCGCGAGACAUUCCGACAACGAGAACGACGAAAACAGAGAAGAACCGAGUAACAAGAAGACCAGGAAAACGACAGACCAGAUCGGUAAAGGUCCUGAUUGGGAACAGCAAAGAGAGAAGGAAGAAAAACUGGUGGCCGACAUAAUAGAUCGAGUAAAACGAGAAUGCGAGGCUCAAGGUGAAACAGUGACGAGGAGAGGCUAUUCAAGACGAUCUACGGUCAUGAACAGCUAAGGCCAACCCCUUUCGUCCACUGAUAAUCUUCUUCCUGUGAUUCGGUUUGAAAGACCUCAUGUUGUAUAAAGAAUAUCGAGGCAUCCAAUUUGAUCGAGCUAAUUCAGCUCAUCUCGAUAGAUAUAUAUAUAUAGACACAAAUAUAUACAAAUACUUAUACAUAUACACAUUAAACACAAGAGACACACACGUACCAAAGAUAUUCGAUUAGUUAGAGAAACUCGUUAACUCUGAUAAGAUCGAAUAAGAUUAUUAUUUUUCGUCGAUUUUUCUCGGUAUCCUCGAAAGAUAAAAAAGAGGAUUCUCUCGUUUAUCAUUCGCGCAUUCUCGUAUUGCCAUUUUAGCAAUCAACGAGAAACUAUUUUCUCUGUAAAUAGGAAAGAGAUGUUAGGUGAUGUUUUAAAAUAAUGAAGUACUCGGGCGGCUGAAUUCGAUACGAUUCACAAUAAUGUGCUUCGUCGAAAAGGAAAAAGAAAACGGAAAAAAUAAUUAGUAACGAAAAAAAAAAACAAAUAUAAAAAUGAUAAAGAGAAAGAGAAACACUUAGUGCCAAAUAUGUAUCUUCCUGGACGUAGGACGUCUCAUUUCGCAAACUGUUCUUAUAAUUACGAUUAUUAUUAUAAUAAUUAUAAUUAAUUUUAGCGUUAUUAUCGUUAAACAAAUAGCCUAUGGGCUGGCCACAAAGAGAAAACAUUAACGUAUAUAACGACGAUCGUAAUGCGUCGUAAAUACGUAAAUUUGUUUUUCUUUUUCACUAUGUCUCGAUCGAUACGUAUCCUAGUUAAAAAAAAAAAAAAUCCGUAUGAAACGAUGUAAAUAGGAUGUUAAUAGUCGGAAAUUUAAAACAAACAACAAAAUGAUUAUGAUGAUGUCUCUUUUCCUAAUACGGAGACUACUACGGUCAUUUCAUCGUGCGACUAUCUACGUAUUUUAAACAAACAAAAAUAAUCGAGAAAUACGACCGACUCGUAUGUAUGUAUAUGUAAAAUACACGUAUGUGUAUAUACGAGAGAUACGCGACGCUACCUGAAAAAUUAACAAGAAAAAAUACCGUUUAAUCUUAAUUAUAUUUGCUAAAUUAGGACGAAAACGCGAUACGUAAAUAUAUAUAUAUAUAUAAACAUACAUACAUAUGCAUAUAUAUAUUUAUGUAUCAAGGCCGAUCGUUCCUCUCGCUCCGUCUACAUAAUUUUUCCUCGCACUCUAUAAUUACGACAUGAUAUCUCUCUUUGUCUAAUUACAAUUAUAUAAUGAAACCGUAUCCGCACGUCAUAUUCGAGUAUGCUAUAAUAUAAAUAAUAAUAAUAAUACCGUAAAGUUUCAUGAUCGAGUACAAAGUACGGUAAAUUUUCUCUUUGCACGAGAGCAUUUAUGGAUCUCAGUCACACGUUAAAUAAGACAUUUUUUAAUCUAUUACCAGGAUUGUCAGUUCGUAGUAAUAUUCGUGUUUAAAUCUGGGUAAAAGAAUGGUUAAUAAUUAUUCUUUUUCUUAUUUCUUUAAAUAUUUUCUUUUUGUGCUAAUCAAGGCCUAAAAAGCGCGUCGAACAAUACGUUAAAACCAAAUACAAUCUACGAACUAACUUAAUUAUCGUUAGUUAAUAAUUAAUUAAUUUAUUAAUUACUUACUUCCUUUUUACUUAUUUACUUACUUACUUACUUACUUACUGACAGCCUGGAUGGAACGAUCGGAUCUCGCGAAUAGUUUCGCUAGAAGGAUUGAUAGGUAGGUAGUUAGAUAUAUACCCGUGGAUACGCAAAUGUAUGAAUAAAAGUGAAGGGAAGUAAAGAUAGAAGAAUAGAAGAGAAAGAAGAAAAAGAAAAGUAGAUCGCGCGAUAUGAAUUAUUUAAAUAAUACGUACACGUAAAAUGACAGAUUUUAAAAGCGUGUUUCAAUGAAGUUGAAAAAGAAGAGGAAGAAAAAAGAAAGAAAGAAAGAAAGAAAGAAAGCUAAAAUUUUUCCUAUACAUUUCCGGGGAAGUCUGUCCAUUUUUUGAACGUUCUCGAAAGUAUUUUAAUGUUUACUUCUAAUACUACUAUUACUACUACUAUUACUACUAUUACUACUACUACUACUACUACUACUAUUACUAAUUAUUAUUAAUACUACCGUGCGCGUUUAUUCGAUGCAACGAGAGAUGAUAAAUUGAGUUUUAAAAAAAGAUGUAUACAAUUUUUCGAAUUCUUCCGUGCGUAUAAAUGCGUCCGAACUAGAUGGUAAGUUUGGUGCUAAUAUGUCGAACGCGGUAGUUACUUUUUUCCGUUACACAUCCCAACGUAAUAUGCAUUUUUUCUAUAUCGAUGCAUCGGCUGCAAAUAUUUUAAAGUAGAGACAGAGACAGAGAGAACGAAAAAGAAAAGAACAAUCAACAAGGCUACGAUUCCUACGAAAUUAAAUUUCAUGCGCGAACGUAUGCGUAUCAACAGCGUCUCACGUAUAAAAGCCGAGGAUGUGUAACCACAUCGUUCCACCCUUUUUCCUAACCGUUGAUAAUAAGACACACGGUCGUCUUUCAUCCUCCUCCCUCGUUAAUUUUAUACGCAUCCGAAUUAAUGAACUUAAUGACGGUCGUUUCGCUCGUAUUAAAAUCAUAUCAAAAACGCGAAUAUUGAAAUUUUCUUUGUUCGAAAACGAACAAAAUACUAUAGUCUAAGAGCGAGUGGCCAGCAGACUGCAUAUAAUUUACCAAAUUUCAAAUUUCGUUCAUUUUAUUAUUUUACAUUAGAGGGAGACUAAUUAAGCUCGUCGGUGGUCCAUAUGGUGUGACUCAGGUAGCACAGGUACAAAAUUUAGACCAACUUCAAAAGCAUUUUAACAAGGCUGUCAUUUGGAUAUUUUAUUAUUUACAUUUAUUAUUGUUCAAAAUAAAAUAAUGGCAGACCAUUAUGACGGUUUUUUAGAAAGUGCCCAAAAAAGUCAAAUUUCAAAUGUAUUUUAACAAAUCUGAAAUUUCAAUAUGUUAUUUAUUAUAGCAUUAGGACUCUACAUUUUAUUCUCUGGUAAUAACAUUCCAGCCGACAGCGAAACCUUUCCUACAGCCCGAGCAUACGUAUGUAUAUGAGUACUAUACUAUAUAGAAACUAAAGAGAUCUUUUUUAUUUCUCUAUUCUCUCAAUAAUACAAUAUUAUUGUAUCAGUAUUAUAGAUUAGAUUUCGCUGUCUGCCGGGAUGUUAUUACUGACAAAAAAGGCCGCCGUAUAAAAUGUAGAGUCCUAAUGCUAUAAUAAAUAACAUAUUAAAAUUUCAGAUUUGUUAAAAUACAUUUGAAAUUUAACUUUUUUUGGCACUUUCUAAAAAACCGUCAUAAUGGUCUGCCAUUAUUUUAUUUUUAACAAUAAUAAAUGUAAAUAAUAAAAUAUCCAAAUGACAGCCUUGUUAAAAUGCUUUUGAAGUUGGUCUAAAUUUUGUACCUGUGCUACCUGAUUCACACCAUAUGGACCACCGACGAGCUUAGUUAGUCUCCCUGUAAUGUAAAAUAGGUAUGAGAGAAGAUUGACUGAACGAAAUUUGAAAUUUGGUAAAUUACAUAAAGUCUGCUGGCCACUCACUUUUACAAUUAGACUACUAUCUCGAGAGAACGAAAGACAAAAGGGAAAGAGAGAGAGUGAGAGAGAGAAUGAGUGAGUAAAGUAAAGCGGGACAAUUCAAACUAAAACAAAGACGAAUACGCGCUGGUCGCGUCGUUAAUUAAAAUUAAAGUUAAUAAAAAAAGAAAGAAGGCAAGCGAACAAAAUCUUCGUACGAUCUUGACAUCGUCCCUCUUUAUCGCAUACAAGCUCGUAAUAAUAAAAAAAAAAGAAACAAAAAAUAAAUAAAUAAAAAUAAAUGCUCUUCCGAUAAAAAGGCAUACUUUGCCAACCGGCCCUCGCCCCACCACCUCACCACCCUUUGUGCCAAUAGAUUCAAUUUGAGUUUUCCGAAAAGACUCGCGCUCUUUUCCCUCCGCGUACAAAAUGGAUUCUCAAUAUAUCGUCCACAAGAGAAGCGUAAAUACGAUUCUUCCUCAGGAAGACGUUCCUCCGUUUGAUAAAUCGUCUUCCGAAUAAUUAGAUUAUUCUGUAAAUAUACGCGAAAGAAAGAAAGAAAGAAAGAAAGAGAGAGAGAGAGAGAGAGAAAGAGAGAAAAAAGCCAUGAGUGUAAUUUCAUUGCACCGGGAUAAAAUAUUUUAUCGAAUCGUCUUCCUUCGAAUAAUCAUCAUUCUCUAGUGUCCAACCAGAAAAACCCACCCCCAUCAUCAACGCUUCCUCACUCUUCGUUCGUAUGGAAUAAUAUAGAAACGAUGAAAAUAGUUUAUACAAAUUUCGCGCUAUAACUUAUUUCAUUCGAUACGACAAAAGAAGAAAAAAAAUCGUCCGUUUAUAGAUCAUUCCAAAAAGGAAUUCUCUUAAGGGAGGAAGAGGAAAAACUGACUCGCACGACGUAUUUCAAUCUUCCGUAAAUGAAUUUUAAGUGUUAUUAAUAAUAAGAAUGUAAGGCUGAUCCUCUCCUAAACGGAGUAUCGACGAUUUGAGAUGAGAGUAUUUCGAGGAGAUAAAUUAUUUAUUUGUUUACGAUAAAACGAGAAAGAAAGAGAAAGAGGGAGAGAAUGAGUGUGAGAGAAAGUGAGAAAGUGAGAGAGAGAGAGAGAGAGAGAGAGAGAGAGAGAGAGAGAGAGAAAGUGAAAUAAAAAAAAGUAAGUUAAAACUUGUUCUUCAAUUUUGAAUGGAUUUUUCCACCGAACUUGGAGGAUUAUCGGUGCAAAAUCCAUAGAUGACCAUAAAAAGUCAUCCAAGCGCACGAGCUUCGUCAGCGAGUAUCCAAGUAUUUGUUGAAAAUACACGAUAUAUCUGUGAGAAUAUAUCAACAAAAUAAUAAAUGAUAUUAUAAAAGAAGAUUCAGGAUAUUUGUAAUAAACUCUGAGAAAUGAUAGGUCUCACAGAAAAAAAAUCAUUUUUCGUCAAAGCAACCCCCAUGUUCUCUGACGCUUCUUUUACGUGCUGUACAAUCAGAAAGUUCUUAGGUAGUAGUUAUUAUUAUUAUUAAAUGAAUUUAUUUAUAUGGAAACAUUAGGAAUUCAUUGACGUUUAUGACUGCACUUUCAAUUUUAAAUAGAAUCGUAAUAAAAAUCAUUUAAUUGUAAUAAAUGCAUCAUCUAAGGUAAUCAUGGUCGCAUAGCAUUUGAACAAAGUUUCAGAAAAUAUAUGUUACUUAACAAAAAUGUUCCUUUUUGUAAGACUUAUCGUUCAUUUCAGAGUUUAUUAUUGAAGUUCUGAAUCGUUCUUUAAAACGAUAUCCCACAGAUAAAUCGGCAAAUGUAUUUUUUCUCUCUUGAAUAUUCGCUGUACGAUGUGAUAUAAUAUUGCGACAGACAAACGUAAUAAUUAUUAUCAAUUGCGCUGAUCAUUAGCGGUAACUCAAAAACGUUACGACUAACGACUGCGAACGUAUUGUGCAUUAUGUGUCGGGAAAGAAAUAAAAUCAAAAUGAACCGAUCGAUUUUA